AUGACCCUAUUAUCAUCAUUUCUUCUUUUACUUUUACCUCUUUUGAGCAUUGUUUUGGCCAACACAGAGUCUUUGCUUCUAUCUUUGCCGUCACACUAUACUUCGCUUCUAAGGGUUCCAAAGUCAUACAUUACCCAAGAUGUCGAAUCGACGCUUUCUCCAAAUACUAAACUCCCACUAACGUUAGUGGCAAACCAUUUACAUAAUAGAGAACUAGAAUUUUCUGGUAAAGAAAAGCUCUUAGGAGCCUCCGAUGGUGAUAUGAGUAUGACACAAUACUUCAAAGUGGUGACGGCGGUCAAUGAUGGAAAAUCACCAACAGAUGGCAGUUAUAAUAUAAGGAUCUGCUGGCCGGCUACCUUUCCGGUCCUGAUAGAUAUUGCCCCAGUGGUUGUGUUUGACGAUGAUCCGGUGAAGAGUAUUCAGUUAUCUAAUGAACAGCAACAGCAUCCACUGUUAAAAGCCCCAGCACCAACAGACAGCAUUUAUAUUGCCAUCACUUAUCACCCAAGAUUCUAUACUGCAUCUUCAUCACUAAUGUUGACAGAUUUAAAGGUCCCGGUGCAUUUACACAUGGUGGAACUUCUAUAUGGUGUUCUACCAGUGGAUAUACUUCCGAUUAUUGGUUUAUUGGUAAGUCUAUUUGUGAUUGGACUCCCAUUGAGUGGGAAGAUCUAUAAAAUCAUUAGUAAUGCUAAAUAA